AUGGAAACGCCUUCGCUAGACAGGGCAGAGGGUAGUCCCGCUGCAGAAUCAGGAGCGACAACAGGACCAUGCCCAGCUGCUGCUUCUGCUGCCGCUGCAGAUGCACAUGGAGCCUCACAUAUAGCAGCAAAGACUGCUGGAAGGCGCAGCAACAGCAACAGCAACAGAGCUGACGCUGCAGACAACCGCAAACGCGGGGGGGCACCUGCUGCAGUGGAACGGGUUACAGCGCGCCGUCGUCGCAGCUCAACAGCAGCAGCAACAUCUGCCGGUGCAGCACCAGAAACACCAGCAGCAACAGCAAGCCCUUCACCAGACGCUACAACGGACUCCACAGGGGGAGCAACAGGGCAAGACACUACAGCAGCAGCCGCUGCAACAGCAACAGCCGCACCUGCUGGUGCAGCUUCUCCAAGCAGCCGCUCGCAGCGGGUUGCCCGCCGCAGCAGCAACAACAGCAACAGCAACAGCAGCAGCACCAGUAACAGCAACUACACCAGCUGCAGCAGCUGCAGCAGCGGAGGCCGCAAGAGCAGCAACAGCAACAGCACUAGCAAUCUUGCGAAUCCGCUUGUAGGCUCUAGAUCCAUCAGCCCUUCUGUUGGCGAUGUAGCAUCUCAGAAGCAGGAGCAGCACCAACAACUCCAGCAACAACAGCAGCAGCAGCAACAGCAGCAGCAGCAGCAGCAGCAGCAGCCGAAGCAGCAGCACGCCCCAGAAGCAGACGGGGGCUCAGACACCUUUUAUUCUGCCCCCCAAACUCCGCUUCUUGUUUCCCCUGAGGGCUCUGCUGCAACUCCUGCGUCUGCUUCUGCUGCUGUUGCUGCACCGGGUCUUUCGGCUGCUUCCCCUGCUGCUGCUGCUACUUCCCCUGCUGCUCCUCCUGCUUCCCCUGCAGCUCUUGCUACUUCCCCUGCUGCUCCUGCUAAUUCCCCUGCUGCUCCCGCUAAUUCCCCUGCUGCUCCUGCUAAUUCCCCUGCUGCUCCCGCUAAUUCCCCUGCUGCUCCCGCUAAUUCCCCUGCUGCUCCUGCUUAUUCCCCUGCUGCUCCUGCUAAUUCCCCUGCAGCUCUUGCUACUUCCCCUGCUGCUCCUGCUAACUCCCCUGCUGCUCCCGCUAAUUCCCCUGCUGCUCCCGCUAAUUCCCCUGCUGCUCCCGCUAAUUCCCCUGCUGCUCCUGCUAAUUCCCCUGCUGCUCCUGCUAAUUCCCCUGCUGCUCCUGCUAAUUCCCCUGCUGCUCUUGCUUAUUCCCCUGCUGCUCCUGCUAAUUCCCCUGCUGCUCCUGCUAAUUCCCCUGCUGCUGCUGCUACUCCCACUGCUGCUCCUGCUGUUUCACGUGCUGCGGAUGCUCGUGCUUCCAUUUCCCCGGAUGCAUCAUCAGCAACGACGGCUGGAGUACCAGCCCAAACAGCAGCAAGAACCGCCACCCCAGCCGCCGCCGCCGCCGCAGCAGCAGCAGCAGCAGCAGCAGCAGCAGCAGUAGCGAACGAUUCUCAGCAUUUGGCUGAUGACUCACAAGCAGGAGCACCAGCAGCAGCAGGAACACCAAUCACAGCAGCAGCAGCAGCAGCGUCUGGAGGAUGGCAAGAUUCGCAGUCCUUUCCCAUGUCUCUAUUUGACACACAACUUGAACAGCAGCAGCAGCAGCAGCGCCAGCAGCUCCAUCAGCAGUACCGGCAGCAGCUGCAGCAGCAACAACAGCAGCCGCAGCUGCUGCACCCGUUUUACGGUCAAGGCUUAGCAGGAAACGUCUCAUGCCCCCCUCAACCAGCAGCAGCAACAGCAGCAGGUGCUGCAGCCGCUGCUGUUGCUGACGGCCCCUCUGACUUGCCGUGGGACAGCAGCAGCAGCUGCAUCGACAACAGCAGCAACAGCUGCUGUUGCAGCAGAUACACAGUAGCUGGCUCAGUUGCUGCACUACUGGCUCACUACAGCAGCUGCGAUCCAAAGGCCAACAGAAUUGAGGAUGCGUUGCUGCUGGUGCUGCGGCUCGAAACACUGCAGCAGCAACAACAGCAGCAGCAGCAGCAGCUGAUGCAGCAGCAAGUGAAGCCGCCAGAUGACCUGCUGCAGUGGAGGUUCGUGCUGCUGCAAGUCGGAGGCAACUUUGCCAAGUACUUAAGUGUCCUUCUUACAGAGGGAGAUGAGCUGGUGUUGCAGCAGGCAUGCGUGUUAACUCUCUCCCCUCUCUCUUGGGCAUUUAAAUCUCUUCAAAGGAAGGCAUUGGAUAUCUGUGGGCCUGGGGGCCCCCAAGGGGGCCCCUCAUGGGGAGGAUCCACUCCUGCUGCGGCGGCUUCUCAGCAGCAUUCACAACACCUGCAGCAAGCGCAGCAGCAGCCAAACAUACCCGAGUGGCUGCAGGAAGGAAUGCUCUGCAACACAAGCCUUUUAGUUCUCGUCGAUGAUAUCCCCGAGGCAGCGGUGCAUGUAAGACCCCCAAAUGUUAGUAUGGGUUUGCUGCUUAAUGGUUUCUGCUUCCGCUUGGCUUGCGAUGCAUUGAGACCCCCUCAAUGGGUGCAGCAGCGGCUGCCUCGUGCCCUGCUGCAGCACCUCAUGCCGCAGCUGCAGCAGCCGCAGCAGCAGCAAGUUGCAGAUGUAGAAGAACCGGCCGCCCUUGCGGCAGCUGGAGAGCACACACAGCAGCAGCAGCAGCAGCAGCAGCAGAGGAUGAGGGCAGCAAGACAACACGUGUACACUCCUCUCUCCCACAUCCAAAAGAGUGACGUGGUCGACGUCUACUGCGUAUACUGGGAAAUGCGGAGAGCGCCUCAAGAAACCGACACGGUGUGCUACAUGAACGUUCGGGUUGUUGACGAUUCUCUUCCGGUGCCAAUCGAGCGAAACAAGGCAGCAGAGUUCAGCUUGCAGCUCCACUUCAAGGAAGGAGGGGGCGGCCGGUUCUUUGGGGAUCUUUUUCCUACAUGGGCAACAGCUGUUAGGGUUUGGGGUCCCCUCGGGCCAAAGGCCCUACAGAAGGAAGAGCUUCUUAACCCUCAGCAGAAGCAUCAGGCGCUCCUUAUCUUUACUUCGCGCUACACCGCGGACUUGAGGACCCUCUACAGAAGAGGAGAUGGAGCUUUUGGAGAUGUUGUUGUCAGGGUCGUUAAGGCCUGCUAUGGCCCUGCCCUCACCACCUCCCUGGCCCCUCCGAGCAGCAGUUCCAGCAGCAGCACGGCAUGCUUUUGCAGUUACUGGCUGCUGGUAGAAGACGCUUCGUGGGUGGGCGGUGGUGUUGCAGUUGUGUCUAUCUCCGGUUUGCUGCUGCAGCAUCUAGCUUGCUGCGGAGACAAUGCACUGCAGCAGGGAGAAUGGCUGCGCCUACGAAAUGUUUCCUUCUUUAGACAAGAUCUAAAUGAUAGAAAUGGGGGUCUCUUAGCUGCCCUAGGAUGGACUUCCCCUGAUAGGGCCCAGCUCACUCGCCUGCCCCUUUGGUGCGCUGAUGUGGUGGAGAGGCGAGCUCUCCUAAGAGAAGCCAAACGAAAAUUGCAGCAGUUCCGUGAACAGCAGCAGCAUCUGCAGCAACAGCAGCAGCAGCAGCAUCUCCUGCAACAGCAACAGGAACAGGUGCAGCCGAACCUGCAGCAGCACGAGCAAAUGGAUGAUAUGCUGAAUGAGGCGUAUGUCGAUACGGCAAUGCGGAACCAGCAGCAACAGCAGCAGCAACAGCAGCAGCAACAGCAGCAGCAAGAGCAGCACGGACCGGAGCAGCAACAACAGCAAACCCCCUGUGCAGCGUGCAGCAAUGGGCCCUAUCAGCUUCAGGAGCAGACGCAACAAAUGCUGCCGCAUGAACAACAGCAACUGCAACAGCAACUGCAGCAGCAACUGCAACAACCGCCAGGAGCUCCUCCUCCUUUUUGUUUUGCUUUUGCUGCUCCCCAGCAGCAGAGGGAGGCUGGGGCAGUAGUCCGUAGGUGCCGCGAACUUGCACUUAUUGCGGCCCAGGCGACACCAGAGCCCGGCUUCACCGUUCUGUUGGAGGGAGUUGGUUUGUGGGGCUUUGGAGCAGUGCCAGGUCUUGAUGCUGCUGAUCCCUGCACCUGGCUUGCUGCUGCAUGCGUUGCAUGCGGUACAGCAGCACAGCGUAUUUUCAGCAGCAGCAAGAACACAGGCUGCUGCAGAACUUGCGGCCACGAAGACCUCUUGCUCAGCUACGAUUUGCCCUUGCUGAUGAGGGACGAGGAGGAGGCGGUGGUGCCUGUACACUUGAGAGACCCACACGGUUGCAUGUUCUCCCCCAUCAGCGACGGAGGCAUAGCCCCCCCCGCUUCGCUGCUUCGGCCUGAGGUGAGGGGACUUCUUUUGUCUCUGUUUAGAAACCUUGCUUACCCUUACGAGCUGCAAACGUUGCCAAUGCACCCACCAUAUAGACCCUCCAGCAGCAGCAGCAGCAGCAGCGCGGCGGGUGUAGAGAGACAGGGAAGGCGGCAUUCUGUGCUCCUGCGGCUAGUGAGGCAGCAGCAAACUGGCUACCCACAGUGGGUGUUAGUGGAGCCUUGCCUCCUUAGCUACUCUUUGGAGUCCUUGAAGUGA